UUGAGGAAGCUUGAUUGAUUCUGCGGGCCUUUGCAUGCAGCUCGUGGUGAACUUCACGUCAUACUUUCAGUGUUUCAGAGACGAUGGGUCUUUAUUUUCUAAUCAAGCUCGCAGUCUGUGCUGUUUUACUCCGCUCUACACCAGCAGGUGGCUACGUCUACCAGAUGAUAUACGACUGUGAGUAUGGUGACAACAUCACAGACGUGGUCUUCUUUGUGAAAAACAUAUUUAACCAGAAACUAUGCACCAUGUAUGACUCUCGGGUUGGGAAGUAUGUCGGCUUUGGAGAAUACUGCAUGAGGAACGCAGACCAUUACAACAAUCAGGCUUGGAAAAUGAUACAGAGAAGGCACCAAGUGGAGACUCUCUGUAGAUACAACACGAGAUUAUUCCGAAGGAGCACUUUGGACAGAAAAGUGCGUCCAAUCGUCGUAGUCCAUCAGACCAAGCCAGCUGACUACGGGGAGCGGUCCAUGCUUGAGUGCAGCGUUCUGGGCUUUUUUCCUCAGGAAGUGAGGGUGAGCUGGCUGAGAGACGGUGCAGAGGUCACCAGCGAUGUGUCAUCCACAGAUGUCCAUGCCAACGGGGACUGGACCUUCCAGCUUCACUCUUACCUGGAGUUCACACCCAGAAGAGGGCAGAGGGUGAGCUGCAGGGUGGAGCACAGCAGCCUGACAGGGAGCCUGGAGGUGGACUGGGACACCUUUGAACUGGAGGCUAAAUACCUGAAAAAGACAGUGGGGAUCAUCUUCUUCUUUUUGGGCUUCGCUGCAGCUGCUGGUGGAGCUGCCUAUUACUGGUGGAAACAGAGGUUUGACUUCAGCCCGCUGCGCAGAGAAGAACAAACAUCUCAUCUUUCAGAGUUAUGAGUUUUUAACAGAAGGCAGUCGCGGUGCGAAAAUGAAUCAAGCACCAUCAGUUGAGGACUUGGAUCAGGCUGCAAUACAAGGUGUUAAAGGUGGCUGCGGCUGACCUACAGAGGGGGGAGAUAAACGGCAUCGCGGGUCGAUGACAACUGGCUCCUGGCCAAGGCCGAGCUCCUCCUCCGUCAUUUUACAUCAACCAAGGAAUCAGCUGACAUGUUAACCUUCAAAAUGCCAUAAAUAGCUCCAACUUUGCAAUAUGAUCAUUUUGUAGGAUUGAGACGUCACAACAACUGUCUCACCUGGGAAUAAAAGUCAUCUUUACAUGUCACACCUGUGUAUGUUGGAUCCGUAUAUGAAGUGCUUUGAAACACAUCAUUAAAAUGAUGGAGUACUUUAUUAAUCCCUUUAAAUAAAACACUAGAAUCAGAUGAAAUUGUGUAAAUGAUCCCAACAAACAUC